AUGCUGUGGCUGCUGACAACAAUGUGCCUUGUGAAUGGAUUUGCAAAAACAUUUUGUUUAUUUGAACCAAACAAGAAUCCUGAAGCUCACAUGAAUGUUAGUCAGAUUAUUACAUACUGGGAAUAUCCAAGUGAAGAAUAUGAGGUUGUGACUGAUGAUGGCUACAUUCUUCCAAUUAACCGAAUUCCUCACGGGAAGAAUAAUGCUAACAGUUCAGCCCCGAAGAUGGUAGUAUUUUGUCUCCAUGGCUUAUUUGCAACUGCUGGUGCAUGGGUUUCCAAUCCUCCCAACAACAGCCUGGCCUUCAUCCUAGCAGAUGCUGGGUACGAUGUGUGGCUGGGAAACAGCCGAGGAAGCACCUGGGCAAAGAAACACAUGACCCUCAACCCAGAUUCUAAAGAAUUCUGGGAUUUUAGUUAUGAUCAAAUGAUAACAUAUGACCUUCCAGCCACCAUUAAUUUCAUUCUGGAGAAAACAGGACAAAAGCAGAUUUACUAUAUUGGUCAUUCACAAGGAACCCUUAUUGCUAUUGGAGCAUUUGCUACAAAUCCAAAACUGGCUGAAAAGAUUAAACUCAACAUUUUACUGGCUCCAAUUUACAGUGUUAAACAUAUCAAAGGUGUUGGACACCUUGGAUUGUACAUCUCUCCGACGACUACCAAGCUCCUUUUUGGUGAAAAAGAAUUUUUACCUACUGUAGUUUCCAGUAAGCUGGGUGAAUAUGUAUGCGAUAUUAACUUGAUCAAUGCUGGUUGUGCUACUAUGAUGGGAUCAAUGGGUGGAUUUUCUCCAGAGCAGUUAAAUAUGAGCCGCAUUGAUGUAUAUGUAAAGCUCAAUCUAGCAGGAACAUCAGUCAAAAUUCUUAUACAUUAUGGACAGGCAAUUAGAAGUGGUGUAUUUGAAGCUUACGAUUGGGGAAGUAAAUCUCUGAAUAUGCAACACUACAAUCAGACUACUCCUCCAGUAUACAAUGUGGAAGACAUGAAGGUUCCAACUGCCAUCUUUACUGGUUUAAAAGAUUUUUUGUCUGACCCAGAAGAUGUUGCAAUUUUGAAACCCAAAAUCCCCAACCUCAUAUACCAUAAGAUUCUUUCUAAAUUUAGUCAUUUUGAUUUUAUACUGGGAUUAAAUGCUAGAAGAGAGGUUUCUGAGCAAAUUUUAACAAUUUUAAGGAAAAAUGGUGGUGACACUCAACUUUAG